AUGGAGAUCAAGAUGGCUAGAAGAUUCUUCACCUUCCUCAAGAAUGACUGUGACCAGAGAAACAGCUACAGUUUUGCUGGUAUCCCUGGAGGCCUGCUGCUGACAGGGCCAACCAGAUACUGUGGGAGCUUGUCCGGGAUCCCCGCAGCACCCUGGAACCCCGAAGACCCCUCGGAGAUGGUGACAACCCCUUUGUCUUUGACUAAGGACUAUUGGACCUCAGAAUGGCCUACCUUUGGAGUAGGCUGGCCACCCAUAGGGACUUUUGAUUUGCCUACCAUCAGGGCCGUGAAGGACAUUGUCUUUCAGGAAGGACUGGGAUCACAGCCAGACCAACAGCUGUACAUCACGGUAUGGGAAGACCUGGCACAGUCUCCACCUGAGGCUGUCGGGGUACCCCCAGGUCCAAAUGACCAGAAUGGCUUACAGCUUUUGCAAUAUUGGCCUUUCUCUUUCUCUGACCUCUAUAACUGGGAAAUUAAUCAUUCUCCCUUUUCAGAUAAUCCGGCAGGGCUUACAGGUCUGAUAGAGUCCCUGAUGUACUCACAUCAGCUUACCUGGGACAACUGCCAACAGCUCUUACAGACCUUGUUCACCACCGAGGAGAAAGAAAGGAUUCUCCUUGAGGCUCGGAAGAAUGUGAGACAACGCCCUCUCCAGACCCCCGAGGGGAUAGAUGAAGGAUUCCCUUUGAUGCAUCCUCAAUGGGAUUAUAACACAGCACAAGGUAGAGAACGGCUGUCCAAUUAUCAUUGGGCUCUAGUGGCGGGUCUCAGAGGUGCCACAAACUUGGCUAAGGUAAGAGAGGUCAUGCAGGGGCCGACUGAACCCCCUUCAGUUUUUCUGGAGAGGCUCAUGGAGGCAUACAGAAGGUAUACCCCUUUUGACCCUACGUCUGAAGGGCAGCAAGCUUCCGUGAUUAUGGCUUUUAUUGGGCAGUCAGCCCCUGACAUCAGAAAGAAAUUGCAACAGAUUGAGGGACUACAGGAUUAUACUACAAGAGAUGUGGUUAGAGAGGCUUAGAAAAUAUAUCACAAGAGGGAGACAGAGGAAGAGAAACAAGAAAAAGAGAAGAGGGAGAAGAGAGAAGACGAGGAUAGGAGAGAGAGAAAGCAGGAGAAGACUUUGACUAGAAUACUGGCCACAGUAGUAGACAGGGACAGAAGAGACAGGAACAGACAGCUAGGGGACCUGGGAGGUGGAGGAUGGCAGGGGCCCAGGAGACCCAGAAGAGACAACCCACGCCUGGAGAAAGAUCAAUGUGCACACUGUAAAGGUAAAGGACCCUGGGCCUGUGAGUACCCCAAGAAAAAGCAAGGGACAAAAGUGCUGUCCCUCGAGGAUGAUGAAAACUAGGGGAGACGGGGCUCGGCUCCCCUCCAGGAGCCUAGGGUAACCUUACAAGUGGAGGGGACCCCCAUAAGUUUCUUGGUCAAUAUGGGUGCAGAAUAUUCGGUGCUCAAAAUCCCUCUGGGUAAGAUAAGAAAUAAAAAGACAUGGGUGAUUGGGGCUACGGGGCAGAAAUCCUACCCAUGGACCACUUCCCGGAUGGUAGAUUUAGGAAAAAACUUAGUAACUCACUCAUUUCUGGUUACCCCUGAAUGCCCUACGCCCCUACUAGGAAGAAAUUUGCUAACCAAGUUAAAGGCACAAAUAACUUUUGCCCCCUCCGCGACCCUCCUGAUCUACGUGGAUGACCUUCUCUUGGCCACAGAGAUUUGGGAGGAAUGCGAGCGUGGGACUCAGAAUCUCCUGGCUGAACUAGGUGAGUUGGGGUAUCAGGUUUCGGCUAAAAAGGCACAGCUGUGCCGGACUGAGGCGCUGCUACAGGCCCCCACCCUAGCACUGCCUGACCUAAAGAAACCUUUUACCCUAUACAUUGAUGAGAGAAAUGGAGUGGCUAGGGGGGUCCUUACCCAGACUUUAGGACCCUGGAGGCGCCCAGUAGCCUACUUGUCAAAGAAACUGGACCCGGUAGCCAGCGGAUGGCCUUCCUGUCUACAGGCAAUAGCAGCUACUGCCGUACUAGUGAAAGACGCUGAUAAACUGACUAUGGGCCAGAAUGUGACCAUAGUGGCCCCGCAUGCCCUUGAAAGCAUCAUCCGACAGUCCCCAGACUGUUGGAUGACUAAUGCCAGGAUGACUCACUACCAGAGUUUGUUGCUGAUUGAGUGGGUGACUUUUGCUCCACCUGCUAUUCUCAACUCUGCCACCUUACUGCCUGAAGUUGACGAAGCCCCCAUACAUCACUGUGAAGAUAUACUGGCUGAGGAAACUGGGACUCGGCCAGGCUUAACUGACCAACCUUGGCCCGGGGCGAUGGCUUGGUUCACCGAAGGAAGCAGCUUCGUGGUGGAAGGGCUCGUUUUUGUUAGAAAUAGAGUAAAUGCAGUACAGCUUAUGGUUCUGCAACGUCAGUAUCAACCCAUAGUCAAGGUAGAAGAAGAAUAUGAUUACCAUCCUUCACAAGGGGAUACUGAUUUCCAGGAUUCUAAGAUUAGAAUUAUUAAGAAAGAGAAGAGGGGGAUAUGA